AUGGGUCUCCUCAGCAUCCGAUCGCCGACGUCAUUGCGGACGGCCGUGACCGCCGCUGGCGAUUCGCUCAACGACUUGUCAAUAUCAACCACCGCGCCCUUUACCGUCUUCGCGCCCGGCGAACAUGACUCUCACCCUUCACUCCCCCAUAUCGUGCUCCUCGUCUUCGGGGCCGUCCUCGAGGUAGUAUGUGUCAGUUUGCCUGGAUACAUCAUUGCCAGGCUUGGCCACUUCGACGCCGAGAAGCAGAAGUUCUUGGCAAACCUUAACGUAAUGCUAUUUACGCCAUGCCUUAGUGAUUUUUCCUGCCAAACAGUAUCUCGUGGGCCAUUGGCUAACGUCGGUGGGACAGUCUUCACAAAGCUUGCAUCUCAACUUAACGCCGAUAAGCUGAUUGAACUCGGCGUCAUUCCCAUCAUCUUCGUAAUCCAGACGUUCGUCUCGUACAUGGUCUCGGUUGGAGUCGCAAAAUGCUUCGGAUUCAACAAGCGCGCUUCCAACUUCGUCACCGCCAUGGGCGUGUUUGGCAACUCCAACUCGUUGCCCAUCUCCUUGGUUAUCUCGCUGUCGCAAACCUUGAAGGGACUGCAUUGGGACCGGAUCCCGGGUGAUAACGAUGACGAGGUUGCCGCACGCGGUAUUCUGUAUCUGAUGAUCUUCCAGCAACUUGGCCAGCUUGUCCGCUGGAGUUGGGGAUACCACGUUCUCCUUGCGCCCAAGUCCAAGUACGAAGAAUACAACAACGAGACGAUCGAGGAGGGUCAGUACCGCGACGAACCGUAUGAGGGUGAGGAAGCGGCGCAACUCAUUCAAGGGCUGGAUAGCACCCACGAGGUUGGCGAAGAACGUUGUGCGCACGGUUAUAGGAGCCCAACACCGCAGUCCGACAACUCCGAAGUCUACGAGCCUGCAGGUCGAACUCCUGUUGCUGGGUCGUCAAGGACCUCUCCUAGUGAUUUUGGCGAUGACGACUCGGACAAGGACACUAUCCGGAAGGUCGGCAACGACAGCAACGCUUUGUCCGACCGCGAUGAUAGGCUCAACGGAAUGAUGUCGUUCCCCCGCAUCAGUAACGCCGAUAAACGUGAGGUUCCCGAAGGCUUCCCGGCGCGUGUCAAGGCAUCGACCAAGAAUGCUGCUGCAUCAGUGUGGGCUUCCCUCACUGGCGUUGCCCAUACUGUUUUCUCUGCUCUUCCGGCUCCCCUGCAGACUGUGCUUACCAAGGUCUACCGCGGCCUGGCCCGUUUCGGUGCUGGUCUGUGGGAAUUCAUGAACCCACCCCUGUGGGCUAUGCUCUUUGCCGUCAUUGUGGCCUCGAUCCCCGAUCUUCAGGAACUCUUCUUCAAGGACGACACUUUUGUCAAGACCAGUAUCACCAGCGCCAUUAACUCUUCCGCUGGCGUUGCCGUUCCCUUGAUCUUGGUUGUGUUGGGAGCCAACUUGGCGCGCAACACGCAGAAGCGCGAUGAGGUGGACGCCGAGGAGAAACAGAUUGGCACCAAGCUUCUGGUUGCUUCCCUGAUCAGCCGUAUGCUCCUCCCGACUCUGAUCAUGGCGCCCAUUCUUGCCAUCUUCGCCAAGUAUGUGCCUGUCAGCAUCCUGGACGACCCGAUCUUUGUUAUCGUCUGCUUCCUCCUUACGGGCGCUCCUAGCGCGUUGCAGCUGGCUCAGAUUUGCCAGAUCAACAAUGUGUACGAGGUGGUCAUGGGCAAGAUUCUGUUCCAAAGCUACGUUAUCUGGAUCCUUCCUUCCACCCUUAUGUUGGUCAUGUGCGCUCUCGAGGUUGUCGAGUGGGCUGCUUAA